CAUUACUCCAAAUUAGACUUUAUUAGUCUAAUUCUAGUCAUUACUUAAAAUUAGUAACUUUAACUAAAAAACAAUCUAAAAUAUUAAUAUUAAUUUAAUGAAAUUUGUUCAAAGUCUUCAGCAUCAGUAUCGUAUUUGUUACUGCACUGACAAAAGCUAAAGGUCAAACCAAAGUAUAUCUACUAAUAAGUAAUUCGACUCGUUCCAUUCCGUUAGUUUUUGUUUGCAUCUUGUUUCCAAAUUCUUAAAAUAUUCCAUUUUUUCUAGAAAUAGAUGAUAAUAAGAGUUGUGUAGGCAAGAAAGAAAGUAAAAUAUUGUAAACAAACGAGUGUAUCAAAAACAUUGAACUAAAAUAAAAUAAAAUUUAGUUACGUAAAACUUUUGUUAUUUUUAUUUUGAUAAUAACAAAAUUUAUUUUUCAUUUUAUAAAAUUUAGGUAAAAAAUUCGAAUGUGUGAAAGCAAAAGAGUUUGAAAUUUCAUGUAUGAAUGUACACUUGCAUGUACCUGGUACAGUAGAUACACAGUAUCAGUGAUAUAGAAAUAAAGUAAUUUAUAAAGAAAAAAAGGUGUAUGCAUGGGAAAUAUGUUCUAAAUUCCGAAUGUACCGAUUCAUGGGAAAUAUGUUCUAAAUUCAUUAAGAUUGAAAUAAAAAAUUUAAAGAUAAUUUAUUUAAUUUAUUUAUUAACAAUUAUUAAUUACAAAUGCUUAACAAUAAAUUUUUUUUUUAUAUCAAAUUGUUUUAUAGUUUUAUUAAAACUUUUUAUUAUGUGGUAAAUUCUAAUUCUAAUAUACAGUUUAAUGAAAUAUGUUUUGUCGGACUUCUCACAACAUUCAUAGUUGAAAUUAUUUUUUAAGUGUUCAUAUAUUUUAUAUUCUAAAUUUUUUUCUGUACAAAUAUCAUUAAAAAGGUUAAUGAAAGUAUUUUCUAAAAUCUUUAAAUUAUCCAUGAAAUUCUUCGAUGGUUCAUAAAAAACUGUAAAAUAUUUUUUUUCACAACUAUUUAAAUUUUUUUUUAAUAUUAUACGUCUUUUUAAAAUUUAUUUUUAUUAUUAACUCUUUUAACUAAGGGGAUUUUUUGUAUACAAAAAUUGGUGUGAUUGCAUUAGUGUGAUGUAAACGGAGAGUCGAACUACUUAUUAAUACAUAUACUUUGGUGAACACCUUUUGUUAUUGAAUAGACUUAGUGGAACGUACAUAUGUAUUUUACAUUGAUUAAAACAUUGCUUUCAGUAGCGUAUAUGCAUAUGUAUAUUGCAUAUGAAUAUUUCUUAGUGUCAUAUUUUCCUGACGUAGGGAUUAAUAUUUCCUUGCCCUUCAUUUUACACAUACAUUUAUUUUCGUUUUGAAAAUGAGUGCUGUAAUUGUUCUUGUUACGGGAGGUACCGGUUUAGUGGGAAAAGCGUUGGAAGAGGAAGUACGUGCGGAAAAGCCAGCAGGUGAAGAAACUUGGUUUUUUGCUAGUUCCAAAGACGCAGAUUUAAGAAACAUAAAUGAAACUAAAAUAUUAUUUGAGAAAAUUAAACCAACUCAUGUAAUUCAUUUAGCGGCAAAGGUGGGAGGAUUAUUCCAUAACAUGAAAAAUAACUUGGAUUUCCUUAGAGAAAAUUUGCACAUCAACGACAAUGUUUUACAAACAGCUCAUAGUUAUGGUUGCACUAAAGUAAUUUCAUGCUUAUCAACAUGCAUAUUUCCUGAUAAAACAAAUUACCCAAUUGAUGAAACAAUGAUUCACGAUGGGCCGCCGCAUCAAUCUAAUUAUGGAUAUGCAUAUGCCAAAAGAUUAAUAGAUAUUGAAAAUCGUGGUUAUUUUGAUAAACAUGGAUGCAUAUUCACAUCAGUUAUACCGUGUAAUAUAUUUGGACCUCAUGACAAUUUUAAUUCAGAAAUAAGUCAUGUUAUACCUGGCAUGAUUAAUAGAAUGUAUAAGCUUAAAACAGAAAAUUUAGAUAUUGAGGAAAGCUUUAAGAUUUUCAAAAUUUAUGGAAGCGGUAAACCUUUACGGCAAUUUAUAUAUUCCCUCGAUUUAGCAAAAUUAAUUAUUUGGGUUUUGAGAAAUUAUAAUUCUGUAGACCCAAUUAUAUUAUCCACAGAUGAGCAAAAUGAAGUUUCCAUUGCUGAAUUAGCAAAAUCUUUAGCUAUGGCGUUCAAUUUUAAGGGGAAAUUGGAAUUCGACACUAAUAAAGCUGACGGACAAUUCAAGAAGACUGCUUCGAACAAGAAGCUAAGAGCUUUAUAUCCAGACUUUCAGUUCACAAAUUUUGAUACAGCGUUGAAAGAUACUGUAAAUUGGUUUCAAGCCAACUAUCAUAGCCUUAGGAGGUAAAACAUUAAUUUUAUACAGUCGUAUAUUUGAUUAUAUAAAAUUUAAAAUUUUAUUUCAAAUGCUGUUAUUAAAAUAUGCAUGUGGUAUGUACAUAUGUAUAUAAUAAAAUAUGUUGAUACUGA